AACUUUCUCAUAUAUUUUCUUAUCUUACCUCUACAUGUUCUGCCACCUGGGAAAGACGACUGAGAUCUUGGCCUUGAAUGUGUCCACUCACUGUCCGAAGUAUCACUGUCUGAACUGUCACUGUCCACUCUUCGACACACAGACAAAGUACACUUUGAUUGAUGAGCAAGACAUACCAUUGGUGGAAAACUAUGCCUUUGAGGCACGCAUGGAAGUUGAUGCAGAUGGGAAUGGGGCAAAAAUCUUUGCUCAUGCCUUUGACAUCGGCAAGGGUAGAUGGGCUGGUCGACUACUGCAUGAGUUACUUUGGGAAAAGCACAGAGGUGGAAUUGCUCCAAGUUUCCAAGUACUUCACAUAAACUCCGUCACAGUGGACAACCGUCUAGACAACUUGCGUCUCGUUCCUGUGGGAUGGAGUCCCAAACCAGAAGAACUGUCCAGCAAACAAAGAGAGCAGUCAUUGUACUGGCUGGCCAUCCAGCAGGUACCAGCAGACCCAGUGGAAGAGCAGUACCUGGAAUUGAGUCGCACACGCUACUACAAUGCCAAUGGAGAGCUGGUGGAAGAGGAGGAGUGUUCCUGCACUUACUACGAGUGUCACUACCCACCUUGCUCGCUCAUUGAGAGGAGGGGGUGUGGUCCUGGUCAAGACAAUCUCCUGAACUCCAAACUGAAUAUUAGAAUGGGAAGGAAAGGGUUUACAAAGAAUGGUGUGAAAAGGGAAAACAUCCAGUAUGCGGCAGUCCUGUGGGCGAAAAUGCCUUGUUGAUGCUAGAGGUCAGAUUCAAGAUUCAAGCUGGUAGAAGAGCAACUUUGACCGAAAUACUUUGACUGAAAUAACCACUCGUUACAACCAAGGUAUCCAGCAAAGCAUUUGUGAAGCCACAACGUGCACAACCUUGAGGCGGAUGGGCUACAACAGCAGAAGACCCCACCGGGUACCACUCAUCUCCACUACAAAUAGGCAAAAGAGGCUACAAUUUGCACAAGCUCACCAAAAUUGGACAGAUGAAGAUGUGAAAAAUGUUGAAUGGUCUGAGGAGUCUUGAUUUCUGUUGAGACAUUCAGAUAGAAGGCGAAAAAUGGCCCCCACAGUCACCAAAUCUCAACCCAAUAGAGCAUCUUUGGGAUGUGGUGGAAUGGGAGCUUCUUGCCCUGGAUGUGCGUCCCACAAAUCUCCAUUAACUGCAAGAAGCUAUCCUAUCAAUAUGGGCCAACAUUUCUAAAGAAUGCUUUCAGCACCUUGUUGAAUCAAUGCCACAUAGAAUUAAGGCAGUUCUGAAGGUGAAAGGGGGUCAAACACAGUAUUAGUAUGGUGUGCCUAAUAAUCCUUUAGGUGAGUGUGUGUGUGUGUCUAUACACACACACACACACACACACACACACAUACAUAUAUAAAUAAAAAUACCACAGCAAAAACAACUAUACUAAUAAAACAUUUUAAAUAUUAAAGUGUUUAAGACGAGUAAAAGUCAGUAAUCGGAACAAUCAGAUAAAUUUAAGGGUUAGUUCACCCAGAUAGCAAAUUUAUGUAAAUAAUAACUUGCCCUCAUGUUGUUUCAAACCCAUAAGACCCCUGACAUUUGUGCUUUUUUCAGUUUCUUAUAUCUAAAUGGGUAAAGUCUAAUCUCACUGUAAAAAGCACAAACUGGGCUAUAAUAAUAUGUGAAAUGCAUGUAUGUAAAUAAUUGUGUUUUUGAGAAAAAAAUGUUAUGCGUAGUUAGUGUAAAACUAAAAAUGUUAAAACACUUGAAAAAGGCCAUAAAACAAAGAACAUUUGGUUCCCGGGAUUUUUGAGAACUGGAGCUUGUAACAUAUAAUUUUUCUUUCUAAAUUAUGUGAAAAUCAUCUUGUUUACUCAUUAUUAUUAUUAUUAUUAUUAUUAUUAUUAUUAUUAUUAUGUUGGCUUGGCAACAAGCCAACAUACUGUUAUGCUAUUUAAACUUAUUCUUUUUAUUAUUAUUAUUCUUCUGAUCCAAAUUAUAAACGUAUCUCCUCCUAGGGCUUUUAAGCCACAAGCCCCAAACUUGGCAGACACCUGCGGGAUAGAGCGGUGCUGGUUGCUGUAUCUUUUCAGACUGAUCAGACUUAGUUUUUUUUUUAAUUAAUUUUUUUAUGUAAAAAUUCAUUACCCAUAGACUUAUAUUGUCUGAGAAAAAUUGCGCCCCUUCAGUUGCAAUACCGAUAUAUGUUUAAUUUCACUUUUAAAUCGGUCAAAAAUACAGUAAAUAAUACAAUUUCCCUCAAACUGACAAGCUAAACCAACAUAUCUGAUUAUUACAGGGGUCAGGGCUCAUUAAUAAUUUAUUUCUGGGCAGAAGAGCAGUCAGAAAGACAAGAGAAGAAUCAGCUGCUGGAGGCAUUGUCUCCAUGGAGCUCACAACGAGCGAAUUUAUUCUUAUUUAAGACCUUAUCUUCUUACCUUUAAGACCCAAUCUACUCGCUAGAACACACCAAUGGCUAAAUUCAGAUGUUUCUGAACUGUUUAAAGUAAUAACAUGAUAUAUUCGCGGCAGCCAACUGCCCGCGAGCUCGCGAUGUAUAUACAUUUACAUAUAUACAUAAAUAUACAUUUCAUUCACACUGACAAGCUAAACCAACAUAUGUUAUUAUUAUUGGGUCAGAUCUCAUUAAUAAAUUAUGCCUCACACAAUCCACCCAUUAGAACACAACAAGAGCAGAAUUCAGGUGUUUUUGAGCUGUGUAUGUGUGCAAAAUGAAAUAUCAGAGAGAUACAGCUUAUGAAUACUGGAAGGAAAAAAGUCCAUCUCUCCAGCUUCAGAGGACAGUGAUUCUGGCUUUUCAUCGGUAGAUCGGACAAAUCAAGUACACGAUUAUUUCAAAAUUCAUAAUAGCUUGGCGAAUAUAAACGAAAACAGCCACGUGAACAUAAACUGUUGAAAACUAAAUCGAAAAUAGGUAUUGAUGCUGGAUUGAAUAUUAAAAGAGAUUGCAUUCACCAGGUGCUUUCAGUAUGUUGUCCACACGAUGGCGCCACAGGAUAAAUACUAAAUACUUCAAGAAAUAUUCAGAGACAAAGCAGUUCAGUAGUCCUAUCAUACACUUUAUCUCAAGUCUUGAUGAUUUAUUACCCUGAUUUAUGGCCUGAUUUAUGGCCGUACAGUCCGUGUAGAUUGACAGGUAGUCAGAAGUGUGCAUGGUCAGUUUGGAUUGAUUUAUGACUAUAUGGCCUGUCAGUCAAAGCGGUUGCCAUGCCACUGGGUCCUGUGACCCUUGAUUGACAUGGCAGAGGUGUGUAAAUCAAAAGAUCAAAGAGAUCUCAGAUUUGACUUGUGUUGUGUUUAUUACUGGAUAUAUGAUGGUUGUGUCGGUUACCAGAGCAGUGGGGGAUUUCUUAUGAUGGCUGUAUCUGUAACCAGAGCUGUGGGGGGUUUCUGUGAAGUUCCUUUCUGGCUUGUUGUUCACACCUAAAGACAGUGGGAGGUGUUUGGGUUCUUCCUGGGAAAAAAAAAUGGCUGUGCAAAAGUGAGGGUUUUGACGUCUUGACAGGAUCUAUGUUUGUUUGAUCUAUAUGGUGUUGAUACCUAGGCACCGACGGGCCACAUGCUCCCCGUCUACAAACACAUUUGAAAAGGAGGACGAUGUCUGGUGUCUUUCCAGGUGAGAAUUUCAAAGAGUGAGAGAGACAAUUAUCUAAAUCAUCAACUAACCAAGCCGCUGAAGAGAUAAAUAAUUGAAUGUUAUCUGGAAUUAAUAAAAUCAAACAGGCAUUCAUUAAUGUUAAGAAAAUACUAUCCAUAAUAUGUGAUGUGUAAAAGGAGUUGAAAUCUCACGCUAAUUUUAAAACCGACUUUAAACACACACACACACACACACACACACACAAAUUGGUUUUCCAUGUUCUAUGGGACAUUACGUAGACGGAAUGCUUUUUUAGACUGUACAAAUUGUAUUUUGCAUCACCAAACAUCAACCUUACACUUAAACCUACCCCUUACAGAAAAUUUCGUUAAUUUUAAGAUUUUCAAAAACACUUCAUUCUGUAUGAUUUAUAAACUUGUUUCCUCACAGGGACAAAAACAAUGCCCAAGGAUUUUGGAUAUUGCCAUCAUUGUUCCCCAUAACAUGGGGUAUACCUGAACCACACACACACACACACACACAGUAAAACUGAGUAAACUAAAUUUUAUUUAUGAGCAAAUUCGUAUUUGUUGUUUUUACUUUGUGUUAUGUAAGAAAUGUUUUCAUUUAAUAAUCAAACCUGUAGAAUGUGUAAUGUAAAUGAACAAAUAUACAUUUAGCUUAAACUCAGUAAAAUAAUUACACCUACCAUUUUAAACAUGUUUAAAAGAUUACACAUUGUGUGUCACUAAAGCAAGGCACACUGUCUAUUGUCUUAAAAAAAAAAUUAAAUAACCUGAUGACCAGCAUUGUUUCUUUAGAUCAUUUAUGCACACAAGUGCUUUUUUCACACGACUAGAAAACUCUUUGGAUGUGUUUGGCAAACAUCAUUUCUACAUCUUAAAUGCAUGACUGAACUUUUCUCAUUCGACAGAAAUACUAUUUUCUAAUUAUGUACCCGGCCUUGGUGCAAAUGUUCUUACCUAGAACAGAAAACAUACACUUUGACUAUUUGACUUUUUUGUAGGCAUCAUGUAAUGUUAAAUGGUUUACAAAAAAAAAUUUAGCACCAGCAGCUGUGAUUUUCAAAAUGAAAGAAAUGUACAAGCUAAGGAUGUUUCAACUAUUAUCAUCAUUUCCUUUUGACUCUGAUAAACUGGUAAUGAAUUUUCUAUGCAAGUGACACGAUAUACAGUUCUCAUACUUUGUGUAGAUAGCUGUGCUAAAACAUUUAUGACUAUUUUUGCAUGCCAGCAGAUUAUGUCAAGGGUGUUUCACAUCUAAGAAUCACAAUGUUUUUUUAAAUUACAUUUUUCUUGCACCUCAAGAUUUAGCCAUAUCAAGAUUUUGGACGGCCGUUCACAAUUUGUUUGUUGGACUGUACGUUUUUAGGUGAUCUCUGUGUGGUGUCAUCAUAAUAGGAAUAAAUGAAAAUUAAGAAAUUAAGUUACAGUUUUUCUCUUCGAGAUAUUUCUUUUAGUGCAACUUUGUGUCUGUCCAAAAAGUGUGAUCACAUGAAGCAUCGACACAACAAAAAAUUAAGUCUAGCUGUUUUACACUUAAAACUAUUACAACCUAAACAAAUGAAACGGUUCCACUGAAAGAUGCCCACUCGUUUAAGUUUGAGCAUGUUAAAGUUUCCACACUCCUGUGUAGAGAUAAAUUUUAUCCAUAACCUUUUGUGUAUUCACGUGACCAAAUCACUAAGAAAGAGAGUAUAGCAAGAAAGCAAAUGUUUACAAUGCAUUUAAAAUUCAGAAUACAAUUGUUAAAAAAAAUUAUGUUGAUUUGUAAAUGGUAUUUUUAUUAAUCCACUAGAUUAAGUCAUCUUGUUCAGAUAGCAGAUGAAACCAUUCACAUUUUGUUUGUUUGGCCGUUUUUGUUUGAAGACUCCUGUAAGUUCAUGCUAACUCUCGCGUGGGAAAGAGAGCAGGGUGAGCACAUCCUAUACAUUUAAGAAAAAGUAUUAAACAUUUGACCAAACUUUUUAAUUAUUUUGACAAAACACAACAACAUUAAAGAAUGUUAUCCGUUCCUAUGGCCCUCUUCUUUGACUCAAAUGAAGCAACAUCUCUGGUGUACGUAAGCAUCUACAAUGUGUGUAUGUGCUAAACAUCUGUUUCUCCACUUCUGCCAGAUUUGUUAGAUGGCCUUUUGUUGUAAUACAGACACAUUUGAGAACUAUGAUGUUCUCACUUUUGUAAUGGUUAUAGAAAAAUUCAAACAUAACUUUUGCAUACGGAGCGAAACUGACUAAAAAAUCACUGAAUUAAAAAAUGCAAAAGUGUGUACGGCAUUUGGCAAAACAGGAUUUUAGCUGUAAUGAGCACAUAAGACAAAAAUUGUCAAUGUGUGACUUGUAAAUAUAUUCUAUUUUAUUUUAUUUAUUUAUUUUUACCAGAGAUAGUCGACUGAUCUGUUUACAUGUUGUUUUGCCGUUUUCUGAUGAAGAGUUUUCUCUGACUGUGGUCAAACAUACAGUGCCUGUUCAUAGGAAUUUUUACAGCAUAACUACAGCAUAAAAAUAUCGCCCCUACAUCUAGAGCUCUUGUUCAUAUAGCUGAUGAUUAUGUUCACAUUUUUAUUUGUCGUACUCAUUAGUUUCAACAUUUCUACUGGGCAUUAAAGAGUAGGCCUAUGUGUACUCCCUUUAUGUCAGAAGCAUUAACAUCUACUGUGUGCUAAGAAUUUUCUGCUUUCUCCACUUUUGGUGGAUUUACUAGAGGGACUAUGUGACCUUGUUGUAAUGUGAUUACGUUUAAGAUCCAUAUGAUUGCACUAAACCCCCUUGAAUAGGUUAUAGACAUCCUUGUUUAUACAGGAAAUGUUUCCACAACAGAAAUAUGUAUCAGAAUAACAAAUACCUAAUUUGAAAAUAUGAAAUCCUCUCUCCUAAACUAUUGUGAAAACUAUUAAUGUUGAUCCGGCCCACCAGCCGUGUAUCUUUUUCAUUGUUUUUUAGAUAAAGACUAUUCUCAGAGUUUGGUAAACAGGCAAAAACAUGAACAAAAUGUAGUACAAGAUGAUUAAAUGAUUGUCAAGAGACUGUUUAAACUGAGAUUGUGAUGCACUUUAGAGCUUUUUCUGGUCUACCAGUGUCACAAAGACACAAAAUUUUCAAUCAACUUGAAAAUGAGUCCUGCCAUUUUCUGUUCUGACUGUUACACUUAAUACAAACCCGUUUAUUACACUUAAAGUUAGACAUUAAAAGUCAUGGAUGCCACACGAACUAUUUCCUUUCUCUGUUUCUCUAAACAUCACACUAAAUAAACCAGAGAUCACAUGUAGAAAGAAUUCAUUGAAAGGGGCAUGUUUUAGUCCAUUUUAGAUGGUCUGCACCAACACAUGUUUUAGAUGUUUUAGGUAUUCAUCAGACUAACAGGUUUGAUUCGGGAAACACACACAACUGGAACUGAGUGUUGUCAUGUCUUUAUAAUUGAUCUGCUUUUACUUUUAAAACAACACAGUGUGAAAUUAUGGUCUUCGACAGCAUGGGCCCCUGAAAUGUUGUAGUAUAUCUUUGUUUUCACAAAAUAUCUAAACAUUUAUCUAUCUUAAAAUAUUAGUUAUUACGUGUUUACAAAGUUGUCAUGUCUGACGUUUACAUUUUUAAGAACAUCUGAUAUAGUUUAUCAUCUUUUAAAUUUUAUAACGUAUAUUUCACCAAACCUUGACGCCUGAAAAACGGGUUUAGCAUCAGUCCACAUUUCAGUUGUUAGCCAGAAAAUGCAAGUGAGCCGAGAUUUCAUUACUGAGAUUAUCUACAUGAUGUGAAACUAGCUCACAGUUACAUUAGAGUUUUGGGGUUCUAGUUUAUUUUGAAUAGUGUUUGUUACUGUUCCACAUGUUUAACACCACAUUACUCCAUUGUGAAGAUAUGUACUGUAUAAAAAGUUUUUCACUGUAGUAGUCCAACUCUGAAACCAGACCAAACAAAAAUGAGCUUGAGCCUUAGUUGUAGCAGAAUUAAAAUGUUUUCUUUUUAUCUUUCCAUGAUUUGUGCGGGUUGUUCUGAACCACGGUUUCAUUUUUAACAUCACAAUUCAUAUUGUAUUGUCCUGUAUGAUUGUAAAGAGUUUUGUGUGUGUCAGUCUCUGGAUUUUUUUUUUUUUUUGCAAACAGAACUGCUGUAAUGUUAGCGAGCUCUUUGUGUUGUCUGCUUUACUGUGUUUAUAUACGUCAGAUUUCUUUAAAUUUGCUUGAUUAAAGUAUUUAACACAG